AAGUGCAUGGGACCAAGAAAGGAGUUCUGGCAAUGGAGUCAGACUUGAGUGAUGAAGAACGUGGUAAUUUAUUGGGUAGUGAGGAAGAAGAGGAGGAAGAGGUGAAGAAGAAAGUUUCCCCCAAGAGAAGAAGCUUUGGCCUUCGUGUUGCCUUGCAGUUUCCCACCAGAAAGUCAUCUGAGAAAAGAGUGCCUGAAGAGGCUUUUUCUAACUUACCUCUAAAGGACAGUGAAUCCCUCACACCUCUUUCAAAAGAAGUAAGCUGCAAGCGAUGGGACAAACUAGAGGGCUCUGCUUCUGAGUCUGAAGAAGACAUUAAAGAAACACAGGAGGAAAGUUCCAGUGCUCUGCUUAAGAGAGCCAUGAAUAUUAAAGAAAAUAAAGCCAUGCUUGCCCAGUUGCUGGCAGAACUGAAUUCCAUACCCGACCUGUUCCCAGUGAAAACGCCCACCUCAACUCCUUCGAAACAGAAGAAAAUCCCAAGGAGGACGUUUUCUGAAGGCCAGAUAACACGUCGCAUGAACCCAACCAGAAAUGCUCGUCCACCAGAGAAAUUUGCCUUGGAAAAAUUUACUGUGUCGGCUGUUAAAUUUGCAGAACAAUUCCGUAGCUAUAGACAACAAAACCUCUUGAAGAAGAGACUCAGUGUGGGGGAUUGUGGAGUGCGCAAAAGGAGGAGAUCAUCAAAGUAUUCAUCUCACCGUCCAGUAGAAGAUAUUACUGAGGAGGACUUGGACAACAUUGCAAUCACUGUUAAAGACAAAAUCUAUGACAAAGUUCUGGGUAGUACUUGCCACCAGUGUCGACAAAAGACAAUUGAUACAAAGACAAUCUGUCGCAACCAGGGCUGUGGAGGAGUAAGGGGGCAGUUUUGUGGACCAUGUCUUCGAAAUCGAUACGGGGAAGAUGUGAAAUCAGCACUGCUUGAUCCAGCUUGGAUCUGUCCUCCUUGUCGUGGGGUGUGCAACUGCAGCUACUGCCGCCGGCGGGAUGGGCGCUGUGCAACGGGCAUGCUCAUCCACUUGGCCAAGUUCUAUGGCUACAACAACGUCAAGGAGUACUUGGAAAGUUUACAAAAACAACUGGCAGAUGACAAGUGAGAACACUGAACUCAAGCUGUGCCUGCCUGCAAUUGGUUAAUAUGUUGACGAAUUUUGACUUCAAAAGGUUAUUACUAUGUUUUAUAUAAGAUAGAAUUGUAGAGUAUAGUAUAUGCAUUUCUGUGUUGGGAACUUUUUGAUUGUUGUGGUCUUAUGCAAAAGAUCUCUCAGGAAAAUGUUUUGGUAGAGAAAUCUACAUGCACAGACCUAUACGUUAAGUGAAAUGGCACCCCCUUGAGUGGUUAAUUUUUAAUAGCGCUACACAACCACAUGAUGGAGAACUUGGUCAAUUUGAGCAAUAUUUUUAUUUAUAUAAUUGUGCAAGUUUGCAGAAAAGGUGUUUAACAACUACCUGUAAAGCAUAGCCUGUCUUUAAAGAAAGAAAAAAACCCCUUGUGUUCCAACUUGACCAUAUCGAUUCAGUUUUCCAAUCCUUGCUUUCUGAACCCAUUCUUCUACCCGUAGUUGAUGGAACUUGUCCCUGCAAAGAAGGGAAGUGUACUUUCAUCUGAAUGCUAUUAUAUUCCAGCCAAAGAUAAUACAACCUACCGGUAGGAGGAUGACUUCUUUUUUUUUUAUUCCAAAGUGCAAUUAAUCACUGAAACAUGAAAGUG